CUGGUUUCCAGAAUGGAGGAGCCACUGUCAAUGGAGAUGUCUUUCAGGAGUCCAAUGGCCCCACGGAUGCCUAUGCAGCCAUCGCCAAGGCCGACCGUCUGACCCAGGAACCUGAGAGCAUCCGCAAGUGGAGGGAGGAGCAGAAGAAGCGCCUGGAGGAGCUGGAUGCGGCAUCGAAGUUUUUGCGUGAGAAGGCCAAGAAGGACCUGGAGGAGUGGAACCUGCGCCAGAAUGAGCAGAUGGAGAAGAACCGGGCAAACAACAGGAUCGCUGACAAAGCCUUUUACCAGCAGCCGGACGCCGAUGUGAUUGGCUAUGUGGCCUCAGAGGAAGCAUUCCUGAAGGAGUCCAAGGAGGAAACCCCAGGCUCCGAAUGGGAAAAGGUGGCCCAGCUUUGUGAUUUCAACCCCAAGAGCAGCAAGCAGAGCAAGGAUGUGUCGCGGAUGCGCUCGGUGCUCAUCUCUCUCAAACAGACGCCCCUGUCCCGCUAGCUGCUGCCUGGCACAGCCGGGAGCGCAGCAGGGCAAGGCUGGGCUCACCGAGCCGGGCGGCUUCACGGAGCCAGCCCAGGAGGGCCCUCCCUGGUGCGUGCCUCGGCUGGGCUCGAGUCACUGGUUGUAACUUUCCCCAUGGUUUUCCUUUGCUUAAAAGGUG